GAGGUUUUGAACCUGAGUGACGGCGGGUGGCUGUGUUUACUACUUAGCAUUUUGGUGCAGUUGGCUAGCUUGCAGUUUCACUUAACGACGAUAGUGCCCUUGUUUUGUGCAGCCGGUCAGUGGCCAUUGCCUUGCUUAAUCUUCCCCAAGUUGAGCAGAAGGCAAAUGAUGGACCUUCAUAAAAUCAUCCAAGAUGCCCUCAACGACUUCAUUCUGUCUUACAUUCCCAAUGCAGACAUGAGCACUCUGGAUGAAGUCCUGUUGUCCUAUAUCACCGGUGUGUUGGAAGACCUGGGAUCACAAGAAAGUGUUGAAGAAAACUUUGAUGUGGAGGUUUUUGUGGAGAUGUUGGAAGCUUACAUUCCUGGCUUCGCUGAAAUCGACAGUGUUAAAGUUUGUGACCUGAUGUUCAGCCUAGCUGCAAAGCUAGCUUCAGCUCGAGACACAGAAACCACCACACCAAAACCUGUGGAGAGCAACUGGAGUCUCACUCAUACCUCCUCUUCUGACGGGGAGUCCUCAGUCAAGGAGCUGCACUUAUCAACAGAUGGAGCGACAGCAAAGGUUUCACAUGACAACAGCCCUGAGUGGGACGGCCAGGAGCAGCUUCUGCUGGAGAUGUUCCCCAAGUGUAGUGUGACCGAGGCGAGGAGCGCCCUGUCCAUCGCUAAAGGGGACAUGGAGGAGGCCGUCAGGCUUAUUAUUGAAGGAGACGUCCUGCCUUGUCCACCACCAAUAAAUGUUAAUCAAGGGAAGACGCCAUCGUCAAAGGCUGAUCAGAAGAUGAAGGAAAGCAUUUUAGAAAAAUACAUGGUCGUGGAUUGUGAGGAAGACAAGAAAACCCACAGGCCUGUCACUCCAAAAGACGCCCCAAAGAAGAUGGUCCGUUACCAUGACAAUCAAGUAGUGACAACAAAAGGAGAGCGGUUCCACCAAGUGAAGAAGGAGGAGACGGAUGAUAUGAAGAGGACUUACGUGAGUCUGAAGCCAGCACGAAAGUACAGAUUCCAUUAAACACUGUGAAGAGACCACUUCUAUUUAGUGUACAUUAUUAUUAUUAUUAUUAUUAUUAUUAUCAAUCAUGUGUGUUCAUAGGCCUUUGUCUUUUUAUUUUUUGAUCAUUUUAAUUUUAAACAUUUAAAAACUUAAAGGUCUUUUGCAAGCCUCUGCCAUUAAACUUGUAUUUAUUACUCUUAAGUAUUAUACACUAUCUGGUAUAACAUCUUGUUCAUAUUAUCAUGUCACCAUUUUUUUUACUAUUAUUUUGAGUAUAACAAUAAUGUACUGUAUCCCUGCAGAAAGGCAAAUCAUGUUGAAUCUGUUUGGUGUGUAGUGGUGGGUCAGGGCUGAACUAUGAAGCUCAAUUUGUCUGUUGUGUCUGUUAAGUAUAAUAAUAAGGUGUUAAACUCUGACCACCAUUCAGUGACUAAGGCUGUGUUACCGUAGCGGAUUUAACAGAACUUGAACUAACGUACGCAUACUCACCAUUUUCCUUUCAGCUGGUCUGAUGUGAUGUGUUUGUGUGAUGUGUGCUAUUUGUACAUAUUCUCUAUUUUCUGAUCACGCCAUUUAGCUUUACAAAUUCUUGCAAAAUAGAGACUUGCAAUAUGCUUGGUUUUUGCAUGCAUAGUCUGGUUCUCCAUUAAUUGGAAAAACUACUACUGAAUGCGCCAUUUCUAGUGCUAUUGUAGGGGCGGCUUGACAGGCAAAACAAUAUCAGCUGUAGCAGUGUUUCGGUGUUUUUAAUAGAUCAUCUCCACAUCAGAGUUCCAAAUGGCUGGCUCUUUAUUUUUAUAUACAGAAAUAUAGAUUUGAAAAGUAUGCAGUCAAUUCCUCAAGGAUACUCUUACAAAAUACAUCUUUUGCACAAGGGCCUAGUAUGGAACUGUUUGAAUAAUAGAUAUUUUCGAUGGCUAGCAACACGUUUUAAGGGUUCAUCAUCCAUAGUGUUGCAUAUUGUUCCAUUUCCCUACACUUAUUUUGUUUACAUCUCCAAGUGUCUAUGUUGGACAUUUUUAAACUUUUUUAUUAUUAUUUACUAAGUUUUAAUGCUGAACGAGUUGUUUUGAGACUGAUCUUUGACUGACAUGGUGGUAGGAGAGGGGAUGUUUUUUUGUUUGUUGCCUUUCAUAGCAUUUUGUCUUUGCGUAUGUCCGCGUGCCUGGGAGUGCAAGUGAACCUGGCCCUUGCCUCUGUAAGACUGUUCUGAACUGGUAUGAAGUUCACAACUUACUUCAGAUGUCAAAUGCAAAAUGGAAGUAAUAAAGGACACGCUAUCUUCUC